ACGCGUUGCGCGGUCCGGGCCGGAAGUCCCCGAGUUCCCGGGUGUGUGUGUCUGUCUGUGUCUCGCGGCGGUGCGCCGCCGCGGUCAAGCGCUCAGGGGUCCGCGUCUGAGGCGUCAUCGCUGUCACUGCCGCUGCCAUACCCGAACCACUUCUAGAAGGACGGAGGCCUGGCCCUUCGCCGGGUGGAGAAGAUGUUGCCCCUGUCCAUCAAGGAUGAUGAGUACAAGCCACCCAAAUUCAAUCUGUUCGGCAAGAUCUCAGGCUGGUUCAGGUCCAUCCUGUCGGACAAGACAUCCCGGAACCUGUUUUUCUUCCUGUGCCUGAACCUCUCUUUCGCUUUUGUGGAACUGCUCUACGGCAUCUGGAGCAACUGCCUAGGCUUGAUCUCCGACUCAUUCCACAUGUUUUUUGAUAGUACUGCCAUAUUGGCUGGAUUGGCAGCUUCUGUAAUUUCAAAGUGGAGAGAUAAUGAUGCUUUCUCUUAUGGGUAUGUUAGAGCGGAAGUUCUGGCUGGCUUUGUCAAUGGGCUGUUUUUGAUCUUCACUGCUUUCUUUAUUUUCUCAGAAGGAGUUGAGAGAGCAUUGGCUCCUCCAGAUGUACACCAUGAGAGACUGCUGCUUGUUUCAAUUCUUGGAUUUGUGGUAAACCUAGUAGGAAUAUUUGUUUUCAAUCAUGGAGGUCAUGGACAUUCUCAUGGCUCUGGCCAUGGACACAGUCAUUCCCUCUUUAAUGGUGCUCUAGAUCACACCCAUGGCCACGAAGAUCAUUGCCACAGUCAUGAAGCCAAACAUGGACACAGCCAUGAUCACGCUCAUGGACACGGACACUUGCAUUCUCACGAUGGCCCAUCCUUCAAAGAAACAGCAGGACCCAGCAGACAGAUUUUACAAGGUGUAUUUUUACACAUUCUAGCAGAUACACUCGGGAGUAUUGGUGUCAUUGCCUCUGCCAUCAUGAUGCAAAAUUUUGGGUUGAUGAUAGCAGAUCCUAUCUGUUCAAUUCUCAUAGCCAUUCUUAUAGUUGUAAGUGUUAUUCCUCUUUUAAGAGAGUCUAUUGGAAUAUUAAUGCAAAGAACUCCUCCCUCGUUGGAAAAUAUACUUCCCCAGUGCUAUCAGAGGGUGCAGCAGUUACAAGGAGUGUACAGCUUGCAAGAACAGCACUUCUGGACGCUCUGCUCUGACGUUUACAUUGGGACCUUGAAGCUCAUAGUAGCCCCUGAUGCUGAUGCCAGGUGGAUCUUAAGCCAAACACAUAAUAUUUUCACUCAGGCUGGAGUGAGGCAGCUUUAUGUACAGAUCGACUUCGCAGCGAUGUAGUCAGUAAAAAGAAAUUGAGGACCAAAAUUUUCCAGUACUGUACAAUCCAAAGCAUUGUGCUACCCAGUGCUCUCAGCCAGAGACGCCACCACUACAGCUCGGAAGCCCCAAGCAGUGCAGGUACAGUCGGCCGUGUGCUGGAGAUCACAGCCCAGACUGUCGCCUUGUGUGCUUUUCCCUCCAAGCCAUUCUGAUCGCUAAGGUUUCUGGGUUUGUUCUAGGGUGUUGGGUUAUCUUUUCCUACCCCCUGGAGGGGGUGGUUCUUGCUGAUCACCUUCAGCCCAUCCUUGUCAUCCUACCCAGCCAGUGAGAAAUUCAGACCGUGGGCCUCCAAUCCUCUGAAUGUCUUCACUAAAGCUGCUGGACACCACUGCUUUUACUCCCACAAGACCAGUGUUGUUUUUACAAAAAGAAGUCUGUUCUCUAUGUAAUGUCACAGUUGUUGACAUUCUUCCAUGUAAUCAUACGUUUGUAAAUUGUUUGUAACUUGCAAACUUACCAACCAAACCAUAUUGGGUUUUCAAAGUGCCUUUGUAUCAGAAAUAUAUUUGCCAGCAUAGAAAUGUACCAUCAAAGGUCAUAUGUAUGUGUUUUUUUUUUUAAAUGGAUAUUCUGUAAUUUGUAUAAAAUAAGACUUGCUAGUAACCUAUAUAAUUGUCUUUGUGUAUUUCCAGCAUAGAUUUAAAUAUAUUAAAUUUCUUGUCUUGUGAAAAAUGACAUUAUUUUGCUUUAUGAGAAAAUCCAGUGACACAUUAAGUUACUUUGUAGGCUGUUUUCAAAAGUGCAAAUACAUUAGAAAAACUUACUUAGAGCUAAAAUAUCUGCUACAUUACAGAUUUCUACAAAAGCAUUCACCUGUCUGUGAUAAAUUUUCCAGUAGCUUUCCUUGCCAUUUUUAUGGAUUCUAUUAAUGAUGAGAAAAAGCACCAUAGGGAUGGAAGAAAUAAUUGUGACAGGGUUGUUUUACAUCUUCAUACUCUUUAGGUGCCAAGUAGUACAGUUUGUUUUCCUGGUUUUUGCUUGCACAAAUACAAAUGACUUCGAGGAAUUGUAGGGCAGCGUUUUGACUGAGUAUGAACUACUGUCAAUACAGAACGAGUGUGAUGAUGUGAAUUUUUUAACAUGGGUGUCUUACAAAUAGUUGAUUUUCUAGUCUUGAGUAUGUGAAAAGUAAAACUGUGAUGGACAUGAUGAUGCACACUUUUAAUCCCAGCACUCGAGGGGCAGAGGCAAGAGAUCUCUGUGAGUUCAAGGCCAGCCUGAUGUAUGUAGUGAGUUCCAGAACAGCCAAGGCUACAUAGAGAGACCCUGUCUUAAAUUAUACAUAAAUUGCAAUUUGAGAUGACAGGUGCUUAACACUCAAGUAAGUAUUCUUGAUGUUUUCUGAAGAUAUGCUAUUUGAGUGAACAUUUUCCCAUUGUACUUCAUUUAUCCCAACAAAUAUUUUCUUUAGUUUAAAUAAAUUGAUGUUGCUAGCAAAAAUUUAAAAACCUUUCAAGGCAAAAAUAUAAAGAGUAUAGAUCAAUGAUAGGCACUUUAUCAGUAAGGUGGCAGAAUUUACUGUUGUUUUCCCUGAGUUCUCGAGUACCUUUUCUCCUACUUCUGACCUACAAUUUACAAACUGUUGUGCAUUAGAAGAUGCAGUAUUUUUCUGCAGCAGAAUGCCACACAAUGUCCAUGGUACCCAUUUGGUAAAUCACGUUGUAAUUUCAAAGCCUAUUUGCUUUCUGCCAGGCACUUCUAAAGUGAAGAAUCCCUGCAGUAGAUUGUGUUUGGCUGAAAUAAAUGCUGUAGUCUCUCAGGAGGGAAUGUACAAAUGGAAAUGUCCUCUUACUGUACCUCUUUUUCAUUUCCAUUCUGAGUAGUUGAGGUCCCCCAGGAUAACCUGUAGGUUGGGGGAUACUGCUGGAAAUUGCAGGUCUAGAUUUCCAUUCUGAGUAGUUGAGGUCCCCAGGAUAACCUGUAGGGGAUACUGCUGAAAAUGGCAGGUCUAGAUUUACACGCUAUUCCUGGUGACUGUUGACAUUGCACAUAUGGAGUCAACAGUGCUGUUUGAGAUUUACCAAAUCUGCUUUCCACUGGGCCCUUAGUUCCAAGUUUUUAUCAAAAUGUGUCAUUCUGUUUAGCUAGACCCUCAGUGCACAUAUCCGUGAAUGUUGCUGUUUCCUUUGUCAAAGCAUAGAAUAUGUUUGAUGUGAAACUAAUUUUGCAGUUUGUUCUAAGCGUGCAUAACAUUUAUCAGGCUGACAUUGACAUUUUUAAUUAAACACUGGUAUACCUGUAUGUGAACAGAAACAACUCUUCAUAGAAAAAUGCUUGUCUUUUAGUGUUCUUGAUACAGAUGUAUUACUAACAGGUAGCUUCACUAAGAAAUACUACCUGGUUAUAGUAAUAAAAUAAAUUUCAAAUGCUCCUAACAUUAGCUAAUAUUCUUACCAAAAAAAAAAAAAAGCCAGUCUGUGUGUAAAUUUGCCAAACUAUAAAUAACCAAAGUUUUUUGUUUGUUUUUCUGAAUAACAAGCUUACAUUUUUUAGGGAAAGUUUACUUUGCCAGAUAAACAUCCCCAACUAGGUGUAUUUUUAAAGACUGAUUGUCUUACUUGAUGAAGAACCUGAAUCCAACUUUCUCAUUUUGAAAACCCCCUGUAUGUCUUUCUGAAGGACAGUCUCUAGUCAUAUGUGGGUUAUUGUUCCUUUACUGUCACCCACCCUCUUCUCUGGAGGAGGCAUAAGAGCAUGGCAGCAGGUGACAUUGUGAUUCCCUUCAUCUAGAGUCUUCAAAGCCUACACAUAUGUACCAGUAACCAAAAUACUCUGACUUCUGUGUGCCUCUACAAAGCAGCCAAAUCACUAACCCACAAUGUAGUUCAUCAGAACUCUUGUGUUUUAACAGAUGGGAAUAUGGGAACCAAGCUGGUAUAGAAUGCUGGGAUUUAAGAGUAAGGCAUUACUUGCUGUAGAAUUUCACACCUAAGCAAAGACUGUGCUGGGUACAGUCUGCUUCUACCUCUCAUUUGCAGAUGAGAAACCAGAGGUCCAGAAAAGCUGUCAUUUCCUUAAGAUUACAGGGGUAAGUGGUGGCAAAGCCAAGGCUCAAAUGUGAUCACCCAGUCGAGAGUUCUUUACACUGUACUGUGCUGCUCCCGUGUGACGUUGCCAUUCUGUAAAUAUGACAAAUAUGGCUUGUAAAUAAAGAACUCUGACCUCUAAUUUUGGUUCAUUAAGGCACUUUAUAAAUGGAAUGUUGUCUGUUUUCAUAUAUAAUUAAGAAGUUUAGAUUAUUUCCGUAAUACUUGUGGAAUAGAUUACAUUAUUUUUUUAUUUUUCCAAAACCAGCUCUUGACUUGAAAAAAGAAAAAAAAAGUACAAUAGAUACUUUUGUGAGUAAAUUUUUAUUAAUUGCCCAGUGCUCAGUCCAGCUUAAUGCUGGGUUCCUUCCUUUCCUAAUUUUGCUCAGAUGCUGUAAACUGGUUCCUUUUAGACACCAGGCUGGUUCACAGGUCAUACCAUUUCACCCUACCUGCACACUCUUUUUCAGUCACUGGAGAGUGUUUUCACUUUUAAAAUUCCCAGAGCUUACAAAGUAAAUAUGUGGAACACAUCUUUUGCUUCAGUCAGGUAAAGUUUGAAAUCUUAAUCAGAACUACAGAUAUUAGGCCACUGCUUUUGAGUCUUCGUAAAUGCAUUACCUUGGCCAAUAUAAGUAUUUUUUUUUUCUACAAAAAGUCACCAGUUUUGAAACAUUAUUUUCCAAUUCAUAAGAAUCUUGGAGGUCGGUUAAUUCUCUGAAAAACAUUCAUUAAAAGUUUCAUGAAAGACUCUCAAGAUAGGAUUCCCAGAGGUCACCUUAACGGUCUCCAGCAUCGACUGGAGACAGUGAAAACUUGUGCAUCAAGGAUUGUUUGCAGAAAGGUAGCAGAGGUGUAGCUCGAUUGAAAGGCCUAAUGGGUGGGGCUUUUUUGAUGUGCUCCUCUUUGGUUUAUAUUCAGCCAUUUCCUAACUGUAGAUAACACAGAAAACAAGGUUGAUAUCCUGUGCUAAGUAUAUAUCCCAGCACUUAGUGGCUUUUCUCAUUUUUCUCACGUUUUUAUGAAGAGAAUUUUGCGUGAUUUUAUUAACUUGAAAUCUAGCUCAUGAUUCUCAUAGCAUGAGGAAGGAAUCUGGUGAGUCUGUAGUACAGCAGCAAUUCAGUCUUUUCUGAUGACUGCGGUUUUACAAGCCAGUCAGCAACACUUCCAAGAUCCAAGAAGCUAUAGCUGUUCUGGGUAGACUCCUGGAAAAUGAAUGAACACUCGUGGUGCCGUUGCUAUGGGAGUAUUUACAAACUGCCUCCAGCCUUUUUCUUCUGUGCUCUAAGAUGUUUGCUUUGUAACUUGGCCACGGAUCCAAACUCAUGCUGUGGGGAGAGGCACUAGAACUCCUUAAGUCCAUUUAAAAACCAAUAGGAGAGAGUUUAGUUAGAAACUAAACUGCUCGGUGACUGACUGACACUAAGGAUAGUGUCCUCUGUGCCAGCAUGAAGAAGAGAACAUCAUUCUCUUGAAUGAUGCCCUCAAGAACAUCAUUGGGGAAUCGUCUGCCAAGAAGCACAGAUCAGUUUUCAGAAGGACUGAGUAUAGUCUCUGAUUUACAACACUGCAUAUUACUUAAACCUUUUCAACAGAAGAUAGCUAUUCAUAAACAGAAGCCUGAGCUUUCACCACUGCUUUGAACAUGAAUUUCUAAUUUUGAUCAUGAUGUUAGAAAGCAUAAAAAAAAUAUUUGUGCUUUUAUUACCCUCCCCCCCAACUCAGUGGGUUUCUGCUUACAUGCUCAUGAAAUGUUUAGUUACCAGUAACUCUUGGUAGAUGGUAGCACAUACAGACAGAAGCCGACCUCACGCAGGACACACUUCGGCACUUCUGGGAUUUUGUAUAGGCUGGUUUCCAUGCAUUCUGCCUCUUUCCCCAGGCAGUCAGCUGCUCAGACUUUGGUUCCCACCUUCCAUGUUGUUGGGGAUUUGGCAAAACUUGAGACUGUGAUGUGACCUUCUGGACUGCGUACACAGCCCCAUAGGGGAUGGUGUUACCUCCUGUGUUUGGGUGAAUUGUCAUUUUGCUUUAAAGACUAUCUACUCUCCCCAAAUAUUUUGUCAUCCAAAACUCUCAGAGGUAUUCUUGAAGGUGCUUGUAAUUGAGCAAUUUAAAUUGUAAUUGAGUGGUUUAAAUGUCCCUAGAAUAUACACUUACCUUUUUUGUCGGUUCCCUUUAAAUUUUUUUAUAUGUUCUCACCUAAUUUAGAUAUAAUGUGAAGGAAAAGUUUCCUGAUCCCUUACUCAUGGACACAUGCACGAUUCACUUCCCUUCCAUUAAUGGUUGUAAACAUAUAGCCAAUUCUGGAUUUGGGGUUGAUCUCUUUUUGUGAAGAUGACACAUCAAACUGUUUCUAAAAAUGUUUACAUACAGGCUAGGUAGGAAUGUCACAUUUAAAGACUAGGAUGGCUUGAAAAUGCUACAGUGGUCGAUUACCACUUGCCCAAGUGCACUACAACACAUCCACAAUCUUUCUACUUGCACACAUUCACAUAUGCAUUUUGUUUAACUGCCAUGUGUUUCAAAAUGAUCAUAUACAGCUGCAUUGAAAUCUUGUUUUCAAUUAAACUUCUGUUUACAAUUC